UCGGGCAGUGUCGGUCGCCCAAGCGUCGUGUAGUCAAGGCAGUCGUGAACGUUAUGUCGCAGUCGAAGUUGUGUGUGUGACAUUUGUGCUACUGUUUGUAAAUAAUCGUCAAUUAUGUUAGCACAUCUGUUUUCGAAUAAGUUGCUAAUCCCGCAUUAUGUUUUCACGUAGUUUGUGUUCGUUCACCCAAACCGUUUUAUGUUUUUGUACCUGAUUUUUAUAUUUACCACCUGUUGAUUUUGUUCAAAUAUUUACAAUGUCGACAGGUUUGCAGUUUUUCUCAUUACUCGUCUGCCUUUAUGUUGUGCUGCAAGUGGGCAAGAUUUCUGUGUGGGCUACAGAGUUUGUGAUUCACAUUCCUGGUAAUUUGGGACAGGAAGGUGUAGUGUACAGAUUAGAUUAUUAUCCUCCUUACGGUUAUCCAGCUCCCAAUACCACCAUAGCUUCCAAAGAUAUUCAAGACGUGAUUAAAUUUUCUCAAGCCCUUCCUGGUACUAAGUACGACUUCUAUUUGUAUUACUCCAAUGCCACACACAAUAUUCUCACAUGGACCGCCAACUUUACAACAGGUACCUUUUAUAUUUUUAUCAUAUUAGAUUGUACCUGCAUAUAUGUAGGUAUAGAUACGUAAUUUUAUCAAUUUUAA